AUGGCGUCUUCUCUGUUCUUCAUCUUCUUCCUCACGUCACUACUAUCAUCCUAUCUUCCUCUCUCAGUAUUCUCCGCAACCGUCGUCGAAGACCUCGCUAAUCUAAGUCCACCUCCUGAUUUCAACACCACUAUUUCCAACAACUGUCUUCGUGAUCCAAUGCUCCGUUACUGCAACAACACUUCCUCUUCUCCAAUGGACAUUGUCGAGAUUUUCAGAUCCACAAUCGUCGCUAGUCAUCUCUGUAACGAGUCCAAAAACCCUAACUGCGUUGAAUCUUUCCCUAGAAUCAGAAUUCACGGUCGUCCUAAAACCGCUGCUCUUUACCUCUCUUUCGAUUUCUUCUGGAAGUACUGUCCUUUAACCGUCGUUGAUAUCGAGUUAGUGAAUAACUCUCUAACGAAUGGUUUUCCGACAAAUGUUCUGUCUUGUGCUCAGAUUCGUACUCUUGAUCUGAGUUACAACCAAUUCUCUGGUUUUGUUCCGGUUCAAGAUCUCUCAGGCUUACCCAAUCUGACCCAUUUGAACCUAUCGUAUAACCGAUUCUCCGAGAAUAAGAUCUCGGAUUCUGAGUUCUUCAAACGGUUUAACGCCUCUAGUUUCAUACAGUCCGGUGUUCUUCCCAACGUGAAGCGUUACAAGAUGAAAGUUUUGGUCUUGUUGAUUGUUUUUCCAAUAAUGGUGAUUUUGCUCUGUUUUUGCUUUGGCUGGUUAUGUGUCAAGAGACCUGAUUACUUACCAAGAACAUGCCGGAGAAGAAACAAGUUCACAUUCGCGAUGCUUGAAGCAGCAACGGAUGAGUUUUCAGAUCAACAUCUUGUGAGCAUGAGCAAUACAGUGGAUAUCUACAAAGGAACGUUAAGAGACGGGACAGAGACGAAGAUCGAGGUUUAUAAAGAGAAGGUUUCGAGUGAGAAAAGGCGUGAAUUCGCAGAGGUAUGCGAGAUGGUUUUUAAGUUACGACACAAGAACUUGGUAAGAGUGUUGGGUUGGUGUAAUAGUAGAAACAUGAGAGCUUUGGUUACAGAAUGGAUUCAAGGUGAAAAUGUUGAGACUUGGUUAAGUUCGUCAAUGGCUUUAUCAUGGAGAAGAAGGUUAAGAGUAGUUCUAGGAGUUGUAGAAGGUAUUUGUUAUCUAUCAGAUCAAUGGCCAGAGAUUACAUUUGAUCUCACCACAAGCAGUGUUUUGUUAUCCGAUGAUAAUCAAGAACCUUUGAUUUCUCAUUUCAAGAUUGGAGAUAGAAACAACUUGUCAACAAAUAUAUUCAACUUUGGAUUGUUUUUUGUGGAGAUGAUUACAAAUCUAAGACCUGAUUUGGGACAAGAAGAUUCAGAAAGAAGGUAUCUUGAGUAUAUAAGAGUUCAUUAUCCGGAUAAUCUAGAGAGAGUGAUUGAUGAGAAGAUGAAGAUUGAGGGGAGAACAUUUGAUCAAGUUAAGCAAGCCAUUACGCUAGGACUGAUGUGUACUGAUAUAAUACCACCAUUAAAGCAACCAAGCUUGACGCAGAUUUAUGACUUGGUGAGUUCAUUGUAUGAGUCUAGUUCACGACAUCAUUGA